AUGACGAAUCAUGAGGACGGAAUAAGUAGAGAAACCCAGCUUUCUGAAUGGUUACAAACAGACUUAAAAAACACGGAUGAAGUAUUUUCCCCAAAAUUUAUAUCAUUGCAUCCAGCUGACGGAAUAGAAACUGGUAGUGCAUUACCUGUUGAUGGAACCAUCCUUAAUAAGGCAUUGGCUGACCUAAAUACAACUCAAGAAUUAAAAGACUUCCACAUCAAUCUUGUAAACAAAAUUUUGUUACAUCGGUGUAGUUUGUUCUGUUGGCGUAGAAAAACCAUUACGGUUAAUAGUCCAGAUGGCACUAAAAGUAAAAAGGUUGUCAAAUAUUGUAGAUUUCAUUUUGGAGAAUUUAAUGAAGAAACACAAACAACUUCCGGAAAGAACAUUCAUCCAUAUCAACCAGUAAUUACUGAUGGUGCACAUCCACGUUAUGAAGGACCAACUGAUCAUCCCAGAUUUAUACAACAAGCAAAGUGUAGGCCCAUGAGUUGGUUAGCAAAUUGUGACACCCAGCCAAUUAUAGAGCAAGAUUUUGUUUCUCUUCUUAAAUAUGUAGCAGGGUAUGCUUGUAAAGGAGCUGCCACAACCAGUGAUUUAAUAAAUAUUUAUAGUAAUUUAUUGAAUACAUCUGCCAGUAAUGCAUCUGUCCGAAGUAUAGCUCAAAGACUAUUGUUAAAAACUGUUGGCAUGGUUGAUACACCAGGAUCUGCUGCUGAUUUCAUCAACACUAGAUCAAAAUUAUACCAUUGCUCUAGAAAAUUCAAAAGAAUUGGAUUGAGUGGUUAUAGAACUUUAAAAAUGCAGAAUGAUUGUAGUGGUACUGUCACAAAUUCCACACCUUUGGACAAAUUUUGUGGAGAUGACAGGCGUCAAAAUCUCCCUGCAAUUACCCUUUUUGAUUGGGCAAAGAUUUGUGAUUGUGCUAAAAGUACAAGCUGUGGACAAGACCAUGUUCCUGUUUUUACUGGAUUACCUAUAUAUCCGAAUUGGCCGGUUGAGGAGGACUAUGCAAAAGCCCAAUUAAUGAUAUUUUCAAAAGGUACAUGGAGAAACACAAACGACUUACUUAAUGGCCAUAACAACUUUACAGAUGCUUUUGCAGAGUUCUUAGAUUCUGAAGAAUGCCCCGAAGCUUUAUUAGAAGUUAUGAAAUUGGCUAAGGCACAUUAUGACGAAAAGACAUUAAAGAAAGAAAAGUAUAAAAAUAUUCGAAAGCUACAGGUAUUGGAAGAUUUAGAAUUAUCCCAAAGUCAAUCGCAGUCAAUGUCAUCGCAGCAGUCACAAACUGAAUAUUUGGGUUAUGCAUUACUUCGUGACAUUUUAAGAGAAAAAAGAGCCCAUGCAAUUAACCCGGAAAUUGAUGAUGUAGUUCUGCCAGAUGGAGGUACUUUGUAUAACUGGCAUGAGCAAGGCAUACAAAAUUUACCCCAUUCAGUGGAUAUUGAGGAAGCUAAAAACUGGGUGAAGAACAUGUUAAAGACUUCUGAAAAAAGAGAAAUGGAACACAAUUCUCAAUGCAAUCUUCCUGAUGUAAAUGUAAGGUUGGUGAAUGAUAAACAAAUGCAAGUGGUUUUUUUUCACAUUAAACACUUACUAUCGGUUGCUAGUAAUACAAAUUUUAAAACUGUUCCUCUGCGAGUCAUUGUUCAGGGAAUUGCUGGUACAGGAAAAAGUCAAAUAAUAAAAAAAAAAGGUGCUGCAGCUGUACUGCUCCCAGAUGGUCAUACUAUUCACUCUGUAACACCUCCACCUUCUAAAAAAAACAAAUCACUUAGUUCAGCUGCAUUGCAUGAUUAUCCGUUGUCUGAUUUACAAUUUCGAAAAUUAGUUAAAAAUGUAUGCGAUGAUGAUAAUAAUCUUUCUUUAAUGUGUGUUAAUGUGGAUGAACGAGGAAUUAUUGGUCAAAAUCUUACUGCAUGGUGUAGUCAGAGAUUUAAUGAAGUUACAGCGAAAGUAGAUCAUGCCAAGCAAGUACAAAAUAGCUUUGGGUGUAUUCCAUCCUUAACCUUAUUUGGUGAUUUAUUUCAACUGGGAGCAAUAGGGGAAACUGACCUUCAUAAAUCUCCUUUGCCAAGCUCCUCUCCAGCAGUACAUGCAGGUUAUGCUAUUUAUAGAUCUUUUAACCAAGUGGUGGUUUUAGAUCAAGUGAUGAGACAAAAACCAGAUCAAAUUAAAUUGCUAGAGAGAUUAAAUCGCAUCAGAACAGGGCAAAUAACACAAUUAGACUGGCAAGAUAUUAACAGUAGAACUUUUGAUUCUCUACCAAGUAGUGAGAAAUCUUUUUUCUCAAGCGAAAAUGCAAUUUGGCUGACAGAGACAUGGAAAGAAGCUCACAAACAUAAUAACAGUGUUCUUUCACAACUAGGUGUCCCCAUUGCAGUUAUACCUUCCACUGGUCGAGGAAGACAUCAUAGUCAGGACAAGCAAAUUGGUCAAAUACCAGCUAAAUGUAUAAUUGCUGUUGGGUGUAGAGUUAUACUUACAAAAAAUCAGAUAGGUUUAACUGGUUUAGGAUUAAAUAAUGGAGCAAUGGGUACUGUAGUUGCUAUUGUUUAUAGUGAAGGCUCAAGACCUCCUCAAUUUCCAGAAAUUAUAGUUGUUGAUUUUCCAAAAUACAAGGGGCCUGUUUGGCUACACUCGCAUCCAACUUGCGUACCAGUACCUGUUAACGAAGGCAGAUGUGAUGACAAUUGUUGCUCCAGGAGUGGCUUUCCACUGAUACCAGGAUAUGCCAUUACGAUUGCUAAAUCACAAGGUAUGACCGUUGGUAAUGGACAAACAUGCACCAAAGCUGUUAUUAAACUGAGUGAUGAUGUGAAGAUGGAAGCCUUAAAUUUAGGAAUGACAUACACAGCUUUCUCUCGUUGUUCGGAAGAUGUUGAUUGGUGUUUAGCCUCUCCCAUUCCAUUUAGUCGACUUGAAUAUAUAAAUUGA